UUUUUUUGGGGGGGGGGGGAUUGUUUAACCUAAUUGUUAAGAUUUUGAUCUGAUGCUUUGAGUAUUUGGUGGUGUCAUUUGUGUUUGAUUAAAUGCGAUAAUGCUCGAGCUAGAAUGUAGUUUGUGUGUAUUUUGGUAGAUUAUUCACUUUUUUGUUUGUUUUGCUUCAAGUUUUCAGUUAUUUUGUGGGAAUUUUGGGAUAGUUUCUGGCAUCAGGAGCGCUUUAACGGUUUGAAUUGUCGUAUAUGAAAUGUUCUAAUGAAAACUUUGAGGAUGAGCUUUUACUUGUGUAUUUAUAUUCUAUUGUAAUUUCGGAAUGAUGGAGCUGAUUCAAUGUGUUUCUCUUGCUGAUCGCUUUCUCUCUGUCUUCCUAGUUGGUCUCUCCAAAUCUAAAGUCGAACUUGCACUGUGUAUUUUUUUUUUUCCGAAGUACUGUUUAUUACUUCAUGGUUUGGUUGUUUGGAGAAUGGAGGAAAAGAUAAUCAGAAAUUCGGAAUCUCAAAAUGGUUUAUGUAAUGUUUUUGGCUGUGAAAAUCUGAAAAGGCAUGAUUAAGAGAGAUGCAUUGACUGUUGUUGGUGCUGUUAUUAAAUGGCAAAACGUCAGUAAACUUCACUCAAUUUACAGGAAGAUGAAUGAGGUCUUUCUAUUAGCAUUUUCUUUUAAAGACCAAUAUGUACAUUGACCCAUUUCCAGCAGCUAGAAAUUUCAGUUUCUAUGGGCAUGAAAGAGUUAAAUGAGAUCUAAUAUUUUUUGUGCAAUUUAGUAAGUCUGUACUAAGAACACUUGAGAGACAGCUCUUUCUGCAUUUUACAAUUUGCUAUUCUGUUGUGCCCUGGGUCUAGCAGUGUCAUUAUCCUGGAUGAGUUUGUAAGCAUUGGUGGUUAAUAACCUAAGUAUCAUUUUUUUUUUCAGGUAUACAAAAUGAUUGGAUCAUUUCUCACAAGAGGACUUGUUAUGUUUUUUGGCUAUGCUUAUCCUGCUUAUGAGUGCUAUAAGACUGUUGAAAAGAAUAAGCCAGAGAUUGAGCAUCUUCGGUUUUGGUGCCAGUACUGGAUUUUGGUCGCUGUGUUGACAGUUUGUGAGAGAAUUGGAGAUGCUUUUAUUUCAUGGGUUCCAAUGUACUGUGAAGCUAAGCUGGCUUUUUACAUAUAUUUGUGGUACCCUAAGACUAAGGGCACUGCCUAUGUGUAUGAUUCCUUCUUCAGGCCAUAUGUUUCAAAGCAUGAGAAUGAAAUUGAUCGCAACUUGUUUGAACUAAGAACUAGAGCUGGAGAUAUGGCAGUUUUAUACUGGCAAAGGGCUGCAAACUAUGGUCAGACAAGAGUUUUUGAGAUUUUACAGUACAUUGCUGCACAGUCAACUCCUAGGCCUCGCCCUGCCCAGCCACAACAGCAAGGUGCUAGGGCUAACCAACCUGCUGCUCCAAAUCGUCAACCUUCUACUUCCAACCGUCAACCAGCUGCAGCACAACCAGAGACUGAAGAACCCCCAUCCCCCACUUCUAGCACAUCUUCGAGUCAACACCAAAUGGAGGUGGCAGAAGAGAUGGGUCGUUCACCAGUGAAAGAAGCAACUCCUCCUGCAGUAGUCUUAAAUGCCCUAAAAGCUCCUGCCCUAGCUUCCAAUGCUCAAAAAGCAAAUGUGACAUCUGAAACUUCCAGCUCGUCUUCAGUAUCCAAGGCAGAAGAAAUGCAAGUUGAAGCAGCGCCUUCAUCAACAAAUGAAAAUGCAAACCCUCCCACAAAAGAGACUAACAUGGAUGAAGCCAUUAGGGUUACACGUGCCAGAUUGAGGAAAAGUCGUUCCGGACCAAAAAGUUAGCUACUCGUUUUAGAUUACAAACUUAGUAGUUAAUCAUUUGGCGGGUGGCGAUGGGUCAUGGAUCAUUGUUGUUGAUGUUGAUGUAAAUUUGUUGCCUUACAUUUUUCUCAUUCCAUUUGUUGCUUUAUUUUUUAAAAAUGAAUUGGCAGAUGAAGGGUCAUGGGUUGAUAGGAGAAAAUUGAUGCUACUUUAGAAAUGAUAAAGUGAAGAUACAGUUCUUAAGUUGUUGGAAAGGAUCAAUUGAAAACAUAAAGAUGGAAGGAUGCUUCUGGGACCAUUUCGGUUUGCAUGCAAACCAUAUGAACUGAAUUUGUGUAUUGUACGCUUAACUUGAACAGUAAUGCAUUGUGAAUUUUCCUAGAAAUUAAUACUUUGUUUCCCC